AUGAACUGGGUCAUCCUUUCCUGCUUGUUUGUUUGCUCGAAUGCAGCUCCAUCAUCCAUUGAUGCAACUUAUGCGGAUGCUGUGGCUCGAAACAAGAUGCUGCCACUUGCAGCGGCUGCAUAUGCAAAGAGCCCACAAGGUUGUCUGACAAAUAAAUUCACGAACGCAGUGCUAAAGCGUCAGUUGAAUGUGAAGUGCGACUCCUUUAGAAGCGAUAUCUGUUCUGGAUUUUCAGCAGUGCUUAACGGUGACAAAGCAAUCGUGCUGAGCUUCAAGGGAACCGAUGGAUUCCUCCAGCUUGUCAUGGAAGCCGACAAGAGCGUGUUCAAUACGCAGACAAAAUGGAUCGCAGGUGGGAAAGUAUCAAAAUACUUCAGUGAUGCUUUUAUGGAUCUAUGGAAUGGUGGAAUGAAGGACGACUUCAACACGUUGCGCACAAAAUACCCUAAUUAUCAAGUUUGGGUAACAGGCCAUUCUCUUGGUGGAGCUAUGGCUACUCUAGCAGCCUCAUACAUAGUGGCCACUAACCUAGUCCCUGCUAACAAUGUGCAGCUCGUAACAUUCGGUCAACCACGAACUGGAAACAAGGAUUUCUCCGCUGCUCACGACAAGCAGAUGGCCUACACUUUUCGCGUUACUCAUUGGCGUGAUAUGGUUCCUCAUGUACCACCAGAGGAUCUUGAAGGUUACUACCAUCACAAAUACGAGGCAUUCUAUCACAAUGAUAUGAAACCUGGAGCGACUUUCAAAGUCUGUACGGCUGAUGAGGAUAAAGGAUGCAGCGAUGGACUCGACAUUACAACAUCAAUUUCUGAGCACCUACACUAUUUCAAUGUCGAUGUCAGCGAGUACGGAGACAAUGGCUGCAAAUAG